AUGAUGCUUCUCUCGGCGGUCUUCACGGCGUUGGCCGCCAGUAUGUCGCUGGUCUCGGCGCAUCCUGAAGAGAAUUUUGACAAACGGGCACACUUGGAGGAGAUGACGAGGUAUCACGUUGUCGCUGAGGUGAACUCGCCAGCGCUACAAGCGUGCGCAGAGCAGCCGAAGAGCCGCAGCAAGCUGACAUCAAUCACAGCCCCCUUCUUGCACCGUCGGAACAUGGCUGAGUUUCGAAAAUGGAACGCAGUAGACCACAACAAAACUGGACUCGUAUCGUACGAUGCUUCCACUCCGGCAGAAGAGAUCUUCGGCGCCAAUGCUUCUUGUAUUCUCGCCCCAGACAAUGCAAACGGGCCGUACUUUGUGUCACAGGAACUCAUUCGGCAAAAUGUCAGCGAAGGCAUCCCCGGCGUCCCAAUGCACCUUGAAUUACAGUUCAUCGACAUCAACACUUGUGAGCCGGCAGACGUCCUCGUAGAUAUCUGGUCAUGCAACGCAACAGGAAAGUACAGCGGUGUAAAUGGCUUUGGACAGGGAGGGCUUCACUCGACUUUUCUCCGCGGCGUGCAGAAGACUGACAAAGAUGGUGUUGUUCGAUUCGACACCAAUUUUCCGGGCCACUACGACUUCCGCGCCACGCACCAGCACAUUAUCGCUCACGUUGGCUCUCAAGUCCUACCAAACGGAACGUACACUGGUGGUGUAGUGGCACACCUGUCACAGCUGUUCUUCGACCAGGAUCUUAGGGACGCAAUCGAAGCGCUGCCACCAUACAGCAGCAACCGAAUCGCGAGUACGACGAACUUGGCCGACGGAUACACUGGCUAUGCAGCUUCAUCGGCGUACGACCCGUUGCUCAACUAUGCCAUGCUGGGCGGUGAGUUCUCGUCUGGGCUGUUUGCGUGGCAUGAGCUGGGGAUCAACACGAGCUCGAACUGGGAUACGUAUGCGACUUAUGCUUCGAUCUGGGCGGAGGGUGGCGGGCGCAAUAACCCUGCUUUCAAUUUCUCGGUCGUCGGGACGCCUCCGCCUAGUUCUGGUGGACUGUAA